AUAUAAUACACACUUAUUUUAAUUAAGAAACAACAACACAACAACAACAAACCCAACGACAUUUUUGCACAGCCAAUCGUCCAAUUGGAGUUUGGCACACAGAGAGAGCAAAAGAGAGCGCUUAACGUGCCAGAGAGAGAGAGAGCGUAGCCGUGCGUGCGUGGGAGCGAGAGAGCAACUGAUUCUGUUGUUAAAGCGCGCAACUUGACAAGUAGACUAAACGCAGCCAGGAACAGAAACAGCGAAAACAGCAAAAACAACAACCCCAAAGAUGGCCAAUCCUCGCAAGUUUAGCGAGAAGAUUGCGCUGCAGAAGCAGAAGCAGGCGGAGGGCACCGCCGAAUUCGAGCGGAUCAUGAAGGAGGUGCAUGCCACAAAAAUGGAUGAGACGCAAGUGAAUCAAAAGAUACUCGAAUGCUGUCUGAGCGGAGCGGAGAACACAAAUGCCACGAGUGCAGCACAAGGAGCGGGUGGAGGAACAGGAGCUGGCAAUGGCACCGGGGGUGGCAGUGGAAAUGGGAGCGGUGCCAGCGGUGGCGCCUCACCCGAUGGCAUUGCGGGUGGAGGCGGUGGUGGUGGUGGUGGGGGUGGAUCACCCACAGCCUAUCGAGAGUCACGUGGACGCAGUGUGGGAGUUGGACCCAUGAGAAGACCCUCGGAACGGAAGCAGGAUUGUUCGCCCUAUGGUGGCAAUAGUGCAGCUGGAGCUCUCGUCAAUGCCAUGGGUCUGCCCAACAGCAACAUUAUCAGCGGCAGCAACAGCAUUAGCAGCAACAACAUAAGCACCAACAACAACAGCAGCAGCAACAACAACAACAACAAUGGCACACAACAACAACAACAGAACCUCUAUUUGAGUCCACCCAUGGACACGAAUUGGCGACGCUCCAAUUCGGAUUCGGCGCUGCACCAGAGCCUCAAUAUGGCGGUGGCCGCGGAGGCGGGCGGCUUUGCCACCGACAUGAACUCGCUGCACGCCAACUACACACAACAACAGCAGCAGCAACAGUCGCAGCAGCAGCAGCAACAGUCGCACAGUCAACGAUCUCAUUCUCCGCAUCCAAUUGGACGCAGUUUCAGUCCGCAGGCGCAGAGAAGAAAAUCGCCAAUGUUGCCACAUCAGGUGCAACUGCAACAGUUGCAACAGCAUCAGCACAAUAUGCAGCAGCAGCUGCAAGCACAACAGCAACAGCAACAGCUGCAUCAGCAGCAGCAGCAACAACAACAACUGCAACAACACCAACAGCAGCAGCAGCACCAACAGCAGCAGCAGCAACAACAACCAACGCCAUACACCGCCAAAUUUGCAAACUCUUUGUUCCGGCCGCUGCAGGAGCAGGCCAGCUACGCCAAUACUGGCUCCCUGCCCAAUCUCACCGCACUGCAACACUACGCACCAACACCCCAGCAACAACAGCAGCAACAGUUGCAACAGCAACAACAUCAGACGCUAUCGCCGGUGAUGUCGCCGCACAAUCAGCGACGGGAUCGGGAUCAGUCGCCCAGUCCGUUUAGUCCGGCGGGUCCGCCCGGUUCGCCCUACCAUCAGCAGCAACACUCACCAACAGCAACCUCCGUCAACAGCAGCUCGACGACCGUUCAGGCGCCGAGCAGUUCGCCGCACUUGUCGUUCAGUCCAUUGCCCACGUUGGGCGCCAAUCGCAACAACAACAGCAGCAACAAUGGCCACACCACAACAGCAACAGCAGCAGCAUCAACAACAACAACUGGAGCAGCAGCUGUGGCCAGUGGCAAUCUAACCGACUAUCGCCAGCCAGCCCAUCCCUCGAGUCCGCGCUCCUCGCCCGGCCUGCUCACCAGUGUGUCGGGGAGUGAACAGCUGCACACUAGUGCACCGGCGAGUCCCAUCCGUAUCCAGCAGCAACAGCAACUUCCGAGUGCCUUUGAUGCAUCGUAUAACAGUCUGAAUCCCUCGUUUCACAAUAACUUUGAGAACUUCUCGCUGGGCGAUAGCAAUUCAUCGCCGGAGCAACAGAGUUUUGCCAAUAAUUUUGUCGCUUUGGACUUUGAUGAUUUGGGCGGCGGCGGAGGUGGACUGCCGAAUGGCAGUCAAAAUGGUCCCUAUCACAAUCAGGAUGCACAAAACAAACUUCUAGACUUUAACGAACUGAGCGGCAGUCCCGAAACGAGCGCCAACAACAACAAUCUGCGACGCAUCAACAACCAACAGCAACAACACCAGCAACAGCAGCAACAACAGCAACUCCUCAACAAUAAUAGCAAUGGCUCGGGUAAUGCAGCAACGCACAAUGGUGCACCUAGUCUGAAUGGGCCAGUGGGCAACCGGGUCGUUGUCGAGCAGCAUCACAACAACAAUAGCAGCAGCAACAAUGGUGGUGGUUGCGUUGGUGAGACGCUGGUCGCCUCGCCGGUGCCAUCGCCAAUGGGUUGUCCGAGCUCACCGCUGCCCAUACCGAUAUCAUCGGCGCACGCAUCGCCGCAGCAUCAGCAGCAUCAGCAGCAGUUGUCGCUGUCGCUGCACCACUCGCCACACCACUCACCGCUUCAUUCGCCGCACCACUCGAACUCGCCGCUGUCGAGUAGUUCGCCAGUGAGUAACAUGGUCAUGAAUCAUCAUCAGCAACAGCAACCACAAUCCCAUCAUCAUCAUCAUCAGCAGCAGCAGCAACAGCAACCACAUCAUCAUCAUCACCAACACCAUCAACACCACCAUCAGCAGCAGCAUCACCAUCCGGUGGUUCAAUCGCAAAGCCAUACGCCCACCACAGCCAAUAUACCGUCGAUAAUAUUUAGCGAUUACUCCUCGAAUGCGGAUUUCAAUCGGGAGAUCUUCGAUACACUAGAUCUCGACUUGGGUCAAAUGGAUGUGGCGGGGUUGCAAAUGCUAUCCGAUCAGAAUCCAAUUAUGAUCGCCGAUCCGAACAUUGAGGAUAGUUUUCGUCGCGACCUCAACUGAUACUAUGAGGAGGCUGUUGCGGCCAUCGAGAGCGGCGUCCUGCUCGAGGACACCUACGAGGCGCUGAUGGAGGCCGGCAUUGCUGUCUCCAGCACUCCCAGCAGUAACUCUGCGGAGCAGGAGUCAGCGACUGCAGCAGCAGCAGCAGCACAAGCAGCAGCAAUUGCUGCUGCCGAAAAGGAUAAAAAGGAUUUGGAGGUGAUUGAGCUGCUUGUGCCUGGUGUUAUGGAUGAUCUGGUCGAAUCCACCGACUUGGAUGAGGAAGUGCGCAAGUUUUUCUACUAAGUCUAAGUCUAAGUCAAUGCCAAGCUAACGAUAAUGAUAACGAUAACGAUGACCAUGACUCCCAUCCAAGAUGGCAGCCCUCGCCUUCUCCCCGUGCCUGUCCCCACUCCUUGCAGCCGCUGUCCCACGCCUUCUCCCUGUUUCCGUCUUAACCCUUAUGUGCUUUGUGUAGCUAGCUCGUAAACAAAAAUUAAAAAGAAAAAAAAAAAGAAAAACCUUAGGUGUUAAGUGUACUUUGAAAGUCAUUUUGUGUGCCCCCCAAAGCAUAUCUCUACCCUCCCCUCCAAAUUCACUCCUACUCCUUCGCACAGAGACCCUCCCUCCAGGCAGAGAAACCGUUAACCGUUAACCGUUAAGCGUUAACCUACGAUAUACAUAUAUAUUUUACAGCGAGUCUCAGAUUUUACUUAACUACGCACAUAAGUCACGAAAAUACCUACUACAAACUACUUUACUAUAAAUAUGUAACGCUACUUUCUGUAUAUAACAAUUAUAUACAUGCACAUGUAUAUGUAUUUAUUUAUAUUAUGGAAAAGGAUUAAAACCAAAAAGUGUCUUAGACCUACGACCAAAUUAUUGUACACGUUCUCUAAAAAGAUAAACAACAAAACAUAAAUAAAAUAAAAACAAAUGAAAUUCCUGUAAAAUAAACCUACAAUUUACCAACUAUUUAUAACAGAUAAUAAUGCCAUGAAAAGGCACUCACACCCCCACCCCCUCUCGCCUCCCCCCGCUCCCGCACAACACUCCCAACAUAGCAAACAGUUAUAUUAUCACCCUUACGUGCCGUCGAAGCAAUUACUAGUAUUUAAGAUCCGCUGACCGUUAUAGUUAACCGAUAUCUCGAUACCGACCCUUCUUCCUCUGAUGUAAAAGAAAUAUAAAAACUUUAUUCGUUUUAAAUUCAAAAAGCGUGUUUCUUAGCACCUUUCGAAUACCCAUUGCCAGAAUAGAAGAGAAAAAUAUACUAAGAAAAAAGAAAACAAAUCCGAUUCAAUUUUUCGCUCGCCCAAAAUACGCAGUAUCACAAAUCUAGCUAAAUAUAUAGUUUAUAUUUGGCCAGCUAGCAGAGGCGCCUCAGACUGUUGCAGGUCCGAUAAGUUGAGAUGCUUCCACUAGCUCUUGGGAUACCUAAGGAUGCUGCAGCAGAAUGAUUCGCUCUGCUUACGACAAACUGAACGAAAUUAAAAAUGAAAAACAAAAACAAAAA